GGUUAAGCUCCCGCGUUUUCUUACACACUCAAUCCGCAAUCGACAUUGAACCCUAAAACCCAAAUCCUGUAGUCUGUAGAUCGUAGGUGGAAGAGUAAAAGACCAUGUCGCUUGAUAAGCACAUAGAGAAGGUGCUCUUUAGCGACGAAGCAAUCGCCGAGCGGGUGGCUCAGCUCGGAUCCGAGAUUACCUCUCAGUUCUCCGGUGACUCAGAGCCGCCCGUUUUCGUCGGAGUAGCCACCGGUGCUUGCCUCUUCUUGGCCGAUCUCGUCAGGCGAAUCGACCUUCCCAUCUCCAUCGAUUACAUCAGAGCCGAUUCGUAUGCCUCUGGUACCGUCUCCAGCGGAUCUCCCAGAAUCUCAUUUGACUUGAAGCUCGACAUCACCAACAAACACGUCUUCUUGGUUGAGGACAUUGUGGAUACAGGUAAUACCCUCAGCUGCCUGAUAGAGCACCUGAAACUGAAGAAAGCAUCAUCUGUUUCAGUCUGUACGCUACUCGACAAGCCAUCGAGAAGGAAGGUCCAUUUCAAGCUGGUUGGAGACGGGAAGUUCUACAGUGGUUUUGAAUGUCCAGAUGAAUUCGUUGUGGGUUAUGGCAUGGACUUUGCAGAGCAGUACCGCAACCUAUCUUACGUUGGCGUAUUGAAGCCUGAAUGUUACAUGUGAUCAAAUAUUAUCACAUGAACUGAAAGUCAGUUCAUACUUUAAACAAAUUUACUGGGCAAUCAUAAGAACUUUUGUGACCUGGCCCCUCUAUAUUGUUGUUCAAAGCAAUUAAGCCAAAGUUAUAAUAAAACAAUGAUUCUAAUG